UAUUAUAAAAUUAUAAAAAUUAUAUCAAAAUUCAUAAUUUUUCUUCCUCUAUAAAUAGAGACCACAUUUGCUAUAGUUUGCACACAAAAAAAAAUAUCUCUUUCCUCCUCCUAUAAUCUUCUUGUUUGAUAAAAUUUCAUAUUUUUAAGCUUACUUUGUUGCUAACUAUGGAUGAUGAUGAGAAUAAUAUAUUCUCCGAUUCCCCAAAUUUCUAUCCUUCCCAAAACUACAACCCUUCCCAAAAUUUUAAUCCUUCUCAAGAUUAUUUCCCUAGUUUUGAUGAUUUUCCAAAUUCUGAUCAAUUCCAAAAUUCAUUUCAAAACCAACAUUCAAGCCAAGUCAUAUCACCAACCAACUUGAGUGCUUCAAACACUCCACAUGAUUGGAGUGAGCAAGAAGACAUGUCAUUAAUGUCUGCUUAUUGUUUCGUGAGCAGGGAUGCAAUUGUUGGCACCAACCAAACUAAUGCCCAUCUAUGGCAAAAGGUUCUUGAUCAAUAUGAGGAAGCAAGAAAAGAAAAUCCAGGAAUGGGCCAACAAAGAAGUUUAGAGUCAUUGAGACAACGCUACAAACGACUCAACACAAAUGUCACAAAGUGGAUUGCUGCAUACAAAAAAGCACAUGAUCGAGCUACAAGUGGCCAAUCUAAAGAGGACAUUGAGAAAGCCGCUCAACAACUGUAUGCCAGAUGAAGAUAGUCUUGAAGAAAGUCGUGGGAGCUCAAAAAGGUCGAGGACUAGUGAGGAAGGAGGACCUCAAAUUGACUCCAUUCCUGAGAGUCGUUCUUCAACAUUGCAGCGUCCUACCGGAAGAGAUCAAGCUAAGAGUAAGGCUAAAAGAAGAGGCAAAGAAGUUGCAACGUCUUCAUAUACAAUCCCUAAUGAUUUCACUGCAGCACUGCGUGAAAUGAGAGUUACACGUGAAAGGGAAUGUGAUAUUCAAGAACGGAAGAUCAAAGCAGCUAGUGAUAUUCAGGAACGGAACAUCAAGGCAGCUAUCCUUACUCCGCUGAUGGCUAGGAGGGACUUAACUCCAGAAGAAGAAACGUUGAAACGCAAUCUAAUAGCAGAAUUAUUUGGGAAUUGAUCGUAGUUUAUCUGUUUUCAAUGUAUGUUUCUUAUUAUGCAAAUUUCAACUUCUGUUGCUUAGUGUGUAAUCUUCAAUUUCUGUUGCUUAGUAUGUAAUCUUUAAUUUAUGUUGCUUA